ACAUAUAAUAUAAUAAUAUAUGUGUAACUUGUUGGUCACAUAAGGACAAAAAAAGGGUUGGACCAGAACAAGAUCAGAGAAAGAAGCGUGAACAUACCGAUGGCCACACUAGAACACAAAUCAGAGAGAAAAGUGUGAGAAACAGAACCAAAAUUCGAGAACAAUACCACCACCACGACCACACCAGAUGAAUUAAAGAAUCUGGGCUUCUUUAUUUAUAUAUGGGUGAAGAAGAAGAAGAAGAAUUGAUGAAGAAGUAGAAGAAGAAUUGAUGGGUGGUAGUCGGCACUUUGCUUCUUUAUUUAUAUAAAGAAGAAGAUCUGCAGGAAAAGAUCUUCAAAGUUUCAAAAGAGUUGUUUCCAGAAGAAGCUUAAUGAAAAAACGAAAAAGAAGUGUUGCAGACUAAUACUCUGUGUUCUUCUAUUUAAGCUUAGUCUCAUAAGCUAAGAUACAAGAGUCUCAUUGCAAAAGCAAAACAAAAAGAACCAUGGAGAUCCUCACUGGAACUAUUCCUAAAAUAUUCGAGUAUACAGUUGAACCAAUUGGGCGACAAGUGGGUUAUCUAAUUAACUACAAAAGCAACCUUGAAAGUCUGAGGAGUCAAUUGAAGAACUUAGAUGCUGCCAAAGACCGGAUGAAGCAUAGGGUUGAUGAAGUUGAAAGAAAUGGUAAAGGAGUAGAAAUUGAUGCCCAGAACUGGAGAAAAGAAGCAGAUGGGAUCACUCAAGAGGCAGAAAAGAUUUUGGGAAAUGAAGGCCAAGCAAAGACAAAGUGUUUCCGUGGAGUAUGUCCUAAUAUCGUUUCGUAUCAUCAGUUUAGCAGGAAAUCAGCAAAAUUGGCAAAAGAGAUUGAACUACAUGCAAAAAAAGAGUUUCCCAGUGUUUCUUACGAUCCUCCCCUGGAAGAGAUAUGUGCCACGCCGUCACAAAACUACAUGGCCUUUGAAUCAAGGAUUUUAAUGGUGAAUGAAAUCAUGAAGGAACUGAAAAAUCCUGAUACCAACAUGAUUGGGGUGUACGGAUUGGGUGGUGUUGGGAAGACCACACUCGCCCAAGAAGUUUAUAGACAAGCUAUGAAAGAGAACUUAUUUGAUGAGGUGGUUAUAGUCUUGGAUGUGAAAAAGUAUCCAGACCUGGAAAAGAAGGAAAGAAUUCAAAAAAAAAUCGUUGAAAAGUUAGGUAUGGAUGUUGAUGUAACUCAUGAUAUCGAAGCGAGAGCAAAGCAUCUAUGGAAUAGAAUAAAAGACAAGAACAUUUUUGUAAUUUUAGAUGAUGUCUGGGAAGCAAUUGAUUUGGAGGCUUUGGGACUUCGUCCAAUGGUGACUUGUAAAAUAUUGUUGACGUCCAGAGAUCGAGUCUCUGAUAUGAGUAUGCAAAAAGAGUUUCAGCUUGAAGUUUUAGGCAUGGAAGAAAGUUGGAGUUUAUUUGAGAAGAUGGCAGGUGACGUUGUUCAGAAUGACCGUAUACAUGAAGUAGCAAUUGAAAUAGCCAAAAAAUGUGGAGGUUUGCCGGUUUUAGUUGUUGCAGUUGCAAGGUCUCUAAGAUCAGCCUCUACUUUAGAGGAAUGGAGAGUUGCCUUGAGGGGCUUCAAAAGUUUUGACGAACAAGGAUUGGCAAAAUCAGCCUACUUGGCUUUAGAAUGGAGUUACAAUCAAUUGGAUGGGAACGAGCUUAAGCGAGUGUUCUUGCUAUGUGGAAUUAUUGCAGGGGGUAGCUGUAUAAUUUUUCUGAGUGACUUGUUGAAAUAUGCUAUGGGUUUGAGUUUAGUGAAAAAUGUUGAUACAGUGGAAGAGGCACGAGAUAAAUUGAUUUCACUACUUAAAAAACUUAUUAAAGAUUAUUGUCUGUUGCUAGACAUUAAUGAUGAUGGAGAUUUUAGAAUGCAUGAGCUUGUACGAGAUGUUGCUAUCGGGAUUGCAUUUAAAGAUAAGUAUGUCAUUGCAAAAGCAUAUGGAGAUGAGCUGAAAGAAUGGCCAGAUAGGGAUUCCCUUAAAAAAUGCACUGCGAUCUCCUUAAAAUCUUGCAAGAUCCCCAGACUUCCUGAAGUACCUUGGGUAUGCCCAGAAUUGAGAUUUAUUGUUUUGGAAAAUCAUAAUAUUGAUGACUCCUUGGAAAUCCCAGGCAACUAUUUUGAAGGGAUGAAGGAACUCAAAGUGUUGGAUGCAACCAGACUGCGAAUUCCGUCACUGCCUCCAUCUCUUCAAUCCCUAACAAAUCUUCAAACUUUGUGUUUAGAUCAUUGCGUGUUGGGGGACAUAGCUCUAGUUGGACAGCUAACAAACUUGAAAAUUCUUAGCCUUGUACACUCCCAGGUUAAAGAGUUGCCCAAAGAAAUAGGGCAAUUGACUCAUCUACAAUUGUUGGAUUUGACUGGUUGCUCUGAACUUGUACUGAUCCCACCUGGCGUUAUAUCAAGCUUGACAAGUCUAGAAGACUUGAGAAUGGGAAGCUUUAAGGAAUGGGAAGGAGGUUUAAUUGAUGGAAGAAGUAAUGCGAGCGUGUCAGAGCUGAAACAAUUGCGUCAACUAACAGCAUUGGACAUACAUAUUCCAGAUGCUAAGCUUCUUCCAGCAAACAUGUUCUCGGAUACAAGGUUAGAAAGAUACACCAUACUUAUUGGUGAUUGUUGGCCUAGAUAUCCUAGAAUUUACGGAACCUCCAUGUUAAAACUCAAGCUCACUUCUAACAGUCAAUUCGACCAAGGUAUAAAAUUGCUGCUAAAGAGAUGUGAAGAUUUGGACUUGGAUGGGAUGAAGGCUGCAAAUAUUAUUUCCUAUAUAUUAGCAAGUGACAGUGGUAAACAACUGAAGAAUCUCCAUGUCCAAAACAAUGAUGAAGUUACAUCUCUCAUUAACUCGAGUCAUGCCUUCCCCAUUUUGGAGUCACUCUCUCUUUACAACCUUGUUAAUUUGGAAACUGUAUGUUGCGGCCAACUCAUAGCUCAGCCCUUUCAACAGUUGCAAUCUUUGACUUUGUGGAAUCUGCCAAAGCUUAGUGGUUUCUCCUCCAAAGGCAGCAGGUCAGUUGUAAGUACAGAGGCCGAAGAAAUCAUUUUGGAGAAUGAAAUUGGUGGACCCGUGAAACUUUUCAUGAAUGAGGAGGUUCUGAUGCCCAACUUAACACGCUUGAUCUUGCAUCAAUGUGAUGGUUUAAAAUUCUUGUUUUCAUGUUCCAUGGCUAGAAGGCUUCUGCAACUCGAACAUAUUGAGAUAUCGAAAUGCCACAUGAUGGAAGAGAUAGUAUCAACAAGUGGAUACAAUCAAGAACAUACAAAUAACAUUGCCCAUCUGGAUUUAGUUGUGAUGGAUUCGUGUGACAGUUUGAAAAAUAUCUUUCCACCCUCAGUGGCCAAAGGUCUUCAGCAGCUAAGCGAGCUGUACGUGGAGAAUUGUGGAAUAUUGGAAGAAAUUGUUGCCAAUGACGGACUAGAAACGACACCUGAGUUUGUGUUAUCUAAAGUAACACUUGUGCAAUUGCAACGUCUGCCCCAAUUGAGGAGUUUCUAUCCCGGGCUGCAUGUUUCCAAGUGGCCAUCACUCAAAUCAUUAAGAUUCUUUGAAUGUUUCCAAGUAGAGAUUCUUGCUUCCGAAUAUUCAAUAUUCCAAGAAAGACUUGAUUUGGGUACACCAAUCGAACAACCUUUUUUCUUAGUUGACAAGGGUAAUCCAUUCCCCAACUUGGAAAGUUUGUAUUUGUGCAAGAACACGGAGAUUUGGUAUGAAGCGCAUGAUCCACUCGGACGAAGAAGUAAUGCGAGCUUGUCAGAGCUGAAACAAUUGCAUCAACUAACAGCAUUAGUGAUACAUUUUCCAGAUGCUAAACUUCUUCCAGCAAACAUGUUCUCGGAUACAAGACUAGAAAGAUACACCACAGUUAUUGGUGAUUGUUGGCUAUUUCCUGAUAUUGACGAAACGUUCUCUAACAUGUUAAAACUCAAGCUCACUACUAACAGUCAAUUCGAUCAAGGUAUAAAAUUGCUGCUAAAGAGAUGUGAAGAUUUGGACUUGGAUGGGAUGGAGGCUGCAAAUAUUAUUUCCCAUAUAUUAGCAAGUGACAGUGGUAAACAACUGAAGAACCUCCAUGUCCAAAACAAUGAUGAAGUUACAUCUCUCAUUAACUCGAGUCAUGAUCAUGCCUUCCCAAUCUUGGAGUCACUAUCUCUUUACAACCUUGUUAAUUUGGAAACUGUAUGUUGUGGCCAACUCAUAGCUCAGCCUUUUCAAAAGUUACGAUCUUUGACUUUGUGGAAUGUGCCAAAGCUUAUUGGUUUCUCCUCCAAAGGCAGCACGUCAGUUGAAAGUAGAGAGGCCGAAGAAAUCAUUUUGGAGAAUGAAAUUGGUGGACCCACGAAACCUUUCAUGAAUGGGGAGGUUCUAAUGGUCAAUUUAACACACUUGAUCUUGCAUCAAUGUGAUGGUUUAAGAUUCUUGUUUUCGUCUUCCAUGGCUAAAAGUCUUGAGCAACUCGAACAUAUUGAAAUAUCGAAAUGCCAAAUGAUGGAAGAAAUAGUAUCAACAAGUGGAUACAAUGAAGAACAUACAGAUAGCAUGUUUUGCAAUCUAAAAUCUCUAAAGCUGCAACGUCUUCCAAGCCUCACUAGAUUCUACUCCGGAAGUUAUAUUGAAUUUUCGUUAUUGGAGAAAUUGCAUAUUGAGGAUUGUCCUAGAUUAGGGACAUUCAUCGUUGAUGGUAAGAGUGAAAUUACUACAAUGGGCAAAGAAAAUGAGGACAGGAACUCCAAGGAGAAUCUUGAGACUGUUAUACCACACUUUCUUUUUGAUGAAAAGGUAGGAUUUCCUAGCUUGGAGAGGUUGAUCAUCCAUGACCUACCUGCACUGAUGACAAUAUGGCACAACCAACUUGCUCAAGACUCUUUUUGUAGACUGAAAGAAGUUAAUGUUUAUAGAUGCCACAAUCUAAUAAAUAUCUUUGCACGAAGUAUGAUAGGAAGAUUGAAUGCUCUAUACACAUUACAGAUAUGGCAGUGCCAGUCACUACAAGUGGUAUUUGAACUCGGAGGAGUAUUUGAAGCAUAUGAUACGUCAACCACUCAAUUGAAAACUUUUGAGUGCCCAAAUCUUGAUUUUGUAGAGAUAGAUGCGUGCGAGAGGUUGAUAAAUAUAUUCUCAGCCUCUGUGGCCAAAGGUCUUGAACAACUAACGAAGUUGAGUGUUGAGAAUUGUGGGUUGAUGGAGAUUAAUGGGAAGGAGAAAGGAUCAGGAGCAAUGCCUUUGUGUUUCCAAAAGUAACACUUGUGAAGUUUGAAAAUCUCCCCCAACUUAGGAUGUUCUAUCCGGGUAUGCAUGUUUCUGAGUGGCCGUUACCCAAAGAACUGGUGAUGACUGGAUGUGAUAAUGUGGAGAUUUUUGCUUCCGAAAUUUCAAGGUUUCAGGAAAAGCUUGAAUUGGGCCUUCAGUGUACACCAAUUAAACAUCAUUUCUUUUUAGUUGAGAAUGUUCUGAUGCCCAACUUAACAAGCUUGGUCGUGCGUGGAUGUAGUGGUUUGAGAUUCUUGUUUUCAUCUUGUUGAACUUUUUAUGAAUAUUUCAAGAUACAAAAAUUAAUCUAUCUAAUUUACGUUGGCAAUGAAAUUCUAAAUGUUUGGUUUAA